AAGUAAGACAGACAUGGCGUGAACAUGCAGUCACCUAGUGACACGUGUGUAAAAUGUCAAAAUCUGAUGUAAUAAAACUAUGCAUUGGGAUAAUUAUUGUCCUUAUUAUUUGCAUUCCUGAAAUGAUCAAGACUGUGAAAGGUAAGUUUUUUAAUUUAAUUUUAUCUGUCUGCAUUAUUCAUUUCUCAGAACCCUUUCUGUUUAGAGGCUUCUCUGUAUACCAUGGUGUGCAACUUCUUUCAAGUUGUCAGAUAGAUUGUCUUGGCUACAUGAGAUAUUAAUGAGACACAGCUAUGUUAUAUAUUAUGUGGGUUUCCAUUUACUAAACCGUGGUUAAUAAAAUGAAACAGUUGUUUGCAAAAAUCAGACCAAAAUAUCUAAACUGGAAUUUAUUUAGUUAUUUUAGCAAUCUAGCCAAUUUAUUUCCAUAAUGUAAAUGCUGUUUUCAAUUCACUGCAGUUCAUUGUUUACAUACAACAUAUGAAACCCUACAAUACAUUUUAUUCUGUUUUUAGUAAAUACAUUUCUAGAGAAAGUGUUGCAUAAUAGUAAUUGGAAAUUAAAACAGUUUAAUCCUAAAAUUCUGGGGGUGGGGAUUUGUGUAGAGAAAUGUAUGAGUUCUUAUGCACUAAAUUAUAAAACACGAAUUGUAUGUUUGUACAUAUGUGUGUGGCCAAGAGGGACUUCGCACAAUUAUCUUCCCAAUGGCUAAAUGAUAAGGGUCGGCCCUGCCUUAGGGAAAACUAUUGGUGUUGUUCCAUUGGAUGACACUUUUCAUGAAUGGUGGAGCAGGGUAAAUCCAUGCCAUGUUCCUCCAGCAUCUAAUAUAUCUCCUGCUGCCCAGGCAAAUACAUUAAUUGUGACGCUAUUUACUAGCCAGAUCAGCCAAACAGAAUUUAAAGCCAGAUCAGCCAAACAGAAAGCAUAGACUUAGAAAAUUUUGCUAUUUUCACAUUCAAUUUCAAUUCACCUUGAAUUUUCUCUUUAGUGAAUAAUUCAAUGAAUCUCAAUAGAUUAUGUGAGUCCAUUCUAUGUUUCUUCAAUAGUCAAAAGGUUACUUUAUUGUCACCAAUACGUAUAGAACCAUACUAUAUAAAAUAAUGUGAGCAAUGUCUAGCAAUUUCAUUAACGAACUUUGUGCCUGAUUUUCACCUCCUGCAUAAUUUUCACAGGUAGUGUCAUAGUCGGUCACCCUCCCCAUUCUCCUGUUAACCCCUCCCCCAUAGAAUAGGGUUGUCCUUCAAUGGUCCUACUCCCCAUCUCUUAUUCCCUUCCUGUACCAGGGAGUCUCCCCUCAUGAGCCUGGGCCAUAGACUGAAGGUCUUAAUAAAGGUGAGAUUAUUCACAAUGCGUAGAGGAUCGUGAAAGCAACCACAAAACAAUAUAUCCCCAUAGUUCGCCGUUCUUCUCUCAAGGUUCCCUUAAGUUUUCCAUCCACUGCCCCUCGUGUCCUCUAAUAAUCACCUGCCCCAAGACCUCAACCGUAGUCAGAACAGAGUGAUAAGUAUCCCUUGGUCCCCCUGAUGAGGCUCUUGCCAGGUGUCAGUGGGCCAGCAGUUUUUGAAAGAGUUUGUGUCUUGGCUGCUCACUCUCCUUUACAUUUUGUAUCAGAAAGCCAUGGAGUGUUUGGAGCUUUACAAUUUGCUCAUCCUAAUGAACUGUGCUUUACACAUCUAUGUCCACACAACUUUUUUUUAAAGGAAACCCUGUUUCGCCAUGUGACUUCCGUUCACACUUGGUUAUUCAUUGGGCGGACCCAUCCAUUUACCGUGUGGUGCGUCCCUUUUGGGAGGUGCAAUGACACAUUUCUGUUGGGGUUAUGUUUGAAGGGAAAUUCCAGGCAUCAUAUCCACUAACUACAGUUCAUACCACUAGAUAUGGUCCCAAGAGGCUAAGGUGCAGGUCUGAUUUGUCGUAACUUUUUUAAGCAGUUCAACAAAAAUUGUAGGCAACCAGCCUUGAAAAGUCUGAGUUGAAAAUAUCUGUACGGAUAAAGAAUCAACUUAGCCAACAUUGUAAAGAAAUAAAAAGGGAAUUGGGGGCACACCCCGAACAUGCAUUUCUCGGCAAUGGUACUGCCGUAGAGACCAACAUUUAUACAAUAUAUAAAUUAAGGAACUCAUAAAAAUACAGUUUUACAUUUUAGAAGGAUACGUAAAAUCAUCUAUCUCAGCAAACAAAUACGUUGGGAUUAGUGUAGGACCCACCGAUAUUGGGGUACUGUGGAGUAGUGGUGGGCUUAGCACGAUAUGGCCAUAUGGUGGAACUGAAUCCCCAUAUUUGUUUCCUCAGAUUAAGUAGUCUUAUGUGUACGCUGUUCCUUAAUCUGUAUAUUGUAUAAAUCCCAGCCAACAUUGUGACUGAAUUGACAAAGGCUUAUAAACAAAAACUAGAGAGACCCAUACAACCCUUACACCAUACGCACUACAAUAAACUGUAUUGGUUAUGGCACUUGGAGUGUCCAUUGAUUUUGUGUCCUAGUUUUGUCAAAUUGUGUGUGGUAGAAGACAGGGGAAAGCCUUGAACAAUGAAGGCUCUGCUAGGGGUUAAUUUCUGCCUUCAACCAGCCUUGCCCAAUAGGGUGAAUGAUUAUUUUUGUGUCUAAGUGGAUUCACUCAGCACUAUUUGCCUGUAAACUGUCUUCCCUUUACCGUUAGGCAAUCAGUGACAUUGCAAUAUGCUCUGGAAUUGCAAAAUACAGAUUGAGGAAAUAGUGUGUGUGUGACAGACAGACACACCCACAAGACACAUAUACAUACAAAGACACACAUACAUACAAACAGACAGACAAACACACAAGACACAUAUACAUAUACAUAUACAUAUACAUACAAAGACACAUAUAUACAUACAAACAGACAGACAGACACACACACACGAGACACAUAUACAUACAAGGACACAUAUAUACAUACAAACAGACAGACACAUACACACCCAUAAGGUGCAACUAAAUCCCCUUUAUAUUUGCUAAGCUAUGUGAGAAAUUGAGAAAUGCUUUCCUAUGGAGUGAUUGAAUGCGCACGCGGCUCGUGACAAUAAAAUAUGACAUAAUGAGCAUGCCUAAUGUGUUAUUGUGGGCCAACAACUCUCUGCUUCCUGUCAUCACUAAUACCUAUUGAUGCAGAAUAAUAGUCUCCCCUUUUUAUAUUUAAGGUAUUACAUGCUGUAGAUUGAGUAACUAUGCACUUUUGACAUUUAUUAUAUACAACUUGAUAUUGUUAUUAUACCAGGUAUAGUUGCAGUAAUAGUUCCUAUAUAUUUUCAGUUAUAUGUGAAAUAAAUUGGAUGUGAAGAUUGUUAAUAUAAUUCUUAACAAAUAUAAAAAACAUUAUUACUUUUUGUGUAAAUUGUUUUGUGUAUUUUAUUAGAUAUACAAUUCAAUAUAUAUAUGUUGCACCUGUGCAUUUAAUUUUAUAUUGAUAGAAAAGGUUUGACUUUUAGAGAAAAUGAGUCUGUGGACCUAUAGGGUAUUUACAUUACAGCUAAUCCCAUACCUUAGCUAAACUGAUCAAUAGAUUUUGGUGACAGCUGUUGAACUUUGGCAAGUACAAAUUUGGACCUAGUGAGUACAAAUUUGACUUGGUGAGUGUGCAGAGGUGGCUGUCUAAUUAGGCGCCUAAACCACCUGAGGGUGACUGAGGACCCGACACCAGGAGGGGGCCAGGCGGCUUGCCCAAUAUGGUGCUGGGUGCGAGGCCCUCCUGUCUGUCCGGCCAGCCAUCGCAGACAACCGGUCUGCAGUGAGCAGAGCUGCAGACCAUGUGUCUCGCCGAGAACUGGCCAAUAAGAGUGUUGCCAUGGGUUACCACGGCAACGCUCUGAUGGUCUCGCGAGAUACAUGGUCUGCAGCGCUGCAGACCAGAAGUAAUGGCCACGGGACCACCAGGCAGCCCACCGGACCACCAGGCAGCCCACACUGGACCACCAGGGAAUAAAUCAAGGUAUGUUGUCUCCCCUCUCUCCCCAUCAGACCCCCUCCCUCUCACAUCACUCCCCUCCCUCAGCAUCACCCCCCUCACCACCCUCACCCUCUUCCCUUAGCAUCACCCCCACCUCACCAUCACCACCCCCUCCCUCUCACAUCACCCCUUCACCAUCACCCCUUCCUUCUCACAUCACCCCCUCUCCCUCACACUAUCACCUCCCUCUCACCAUCACCCCCACACUAUCACCUCCCCACCACCCCCUCUCCCUCUCACCAUCACCCCCCACUACCUCCCCUCCUCUCACAUUCCCCCUCUCCCUCCACCAUCACCCCCACACUAUCACCUCCACUCCUGUCAUCACCCCUCCUCUCACCAUCACCCCCCACACCAUCCCCCAAUCCUGUCACCAUCACCCCUCCUCUGAAAUAGCCUCCCCUCCUGUCACCAUCACCCCCACUCACCAUCACCUCCCUCCCUCUCACCAUACCUCCCCCUCCCUCUCACCAUCACCUCCUCCCUCACCAUCACCCCCUCCUCCUCUCACCAUCACCCCUCCUCCCUCCCAUCCUCCCCCUCACCAUCACCUCCCCCUCCCUCACACCAUCACCACCCCCUCUACCUCACACCAUCACCCUCUCAUACACACAGUAUCACCCCCCUCACACACACAGCCUCCCCAGACACACUGUUAAUAUCCCCCCACACUGUCACCUCCCCACACAUUGUCACCCCCACACUGUCAGCCUCUUCAUGCAUCCACUCCUUAUUCUGUUAAUCUCACCCCCUCCAAACUCACCUGCCCACACUCUGCCACACUCACCCUGUCACAUUAACCCCCCUUAAUCCUGUCACACUCGCCUUCUCUCACUCUGUCACACCCUCCCCCCAACCCUGCCACCCUCACCCUGUCACAUUAACCCCCCUUAAUCCUGUCACACUCGUUCCUCCUACCAUGCCACAAUUGCCCUGACACACUUACCUCCACUCGCCCUGUCACACUCCCUCAUCAAACCAUGUCAUACUCCCUCUCCCUCAUUCUCUCUCACAAACCCCCCUGUCCAUUAACCCCCCCAACCCUGUCCCGUUUACCCCCUUUGCCAUGUCACGCUCUCCCUGCCACUGGUACCCCUUUAUUCACCUUGUCACAAUCACCAGCUGAAGACAUUCACCAUGCACACACAGUCAAGAAACAUAGCUUUGCCAUAAACACAAUGGACAAAGGGUACAGGCAGACCCCCCAUACACACAACACACUUCAAGCAGCUACCCCAUACGCAUAGGGUCCCAGACAAAAACACAAACAUGCUCACAGAGACAAACAUUCACACACGCACGGAUACUCUCUGUCAGACACACUCUCAGGCACAUACACAGGUAAACUGUGCAUCAAUGUGUAUAUGUGACAGUGUGCAUGUAUUUUUUUGUUAGUGGGGCCUCAUGUUUGAGUUUCGCCUAAGGCCUCAUAAAGUCUAGAGCCGCCUCUGUGAGUGUGCCAUGGACACUCCAAGCUUGCAAGAGCAAGUAUUGUUUUGGCCUGUGUAGUAGUCUUGGACUUGAAACAUUGAGUCCUGCUCUGUAAAAUGGAAUACUGCUGUAUUUAGGAAAUGAAUUACAUUGAUUGAUACAAAUUGGGGCAACUUUUCUGGUUUCCUCUAGUAAAACCCAGAAUUUCAAAUGGAUUUUCAAGAGCUCACUCAACAAUCCUUUUAUAGAACAUAUGACAUCGAUAUAAUACAAUAUAAAUCUUUCUCUACGGUCUGUAAAAUGGAAACAAGUGAUCCAGACAGACUAAUGUCAGACUAAACAAACAAGAAAAUGCAGCAGCCACAUCAGAUAAAAAUGAAAUGAAACCUUGAGUCGGAAAUUCCCCAAGUCUUGACAUAAUGCCACUUUGAGAAGUAAAUACAGGUAAAGAGGCUCAAGGGAAAUUCUCUUGUAUUGCACAGUUUGAUAAACCUCUUAGGUCAGAAGACAGUGCAAUGGGUACCUAGUAGAUUAGUGACUGCAGUAACCAAUUGUUUUUUAAUCUUCCAAGAAUAGUCACAUAAAUAAGUUGUGAUGACCAUAUUUUAAAAAGGGCCAUCUUUGAGCAUGAAAUCUAUGGAGGGGAAAUUAUUUUAAGGGUUAUUGAAGAAUAUGAUUUAGAAAUAUAUUUUACGUGAGUAGGAUGGAGAAUGAGUAAGAUUAUUAUUAAUUAUUAUAUUUAUAUAGCGCCAACAAAUUCCGCAGCACUUUCCAGUGGGUGGAGGAACAAACAUGUAGUUGUAACCAGACAAGUUGGACACACAGGAACAGAGGGGUUGAGGCCCCUGCUCAAUGAGCUUACAUGCUAGAGGGAGUGGGGUAAAAUGACACAAAAAGGUAAGGAUAGUAUUAGACUAGUGACAGUUGCAGAAGAGGAAUCAGUCAGGAGAUGGAGGCGAGCACAGUCACCAAAUUAACAGGCCUUUUAUUUGUAACAUAAAUACAGGUUUCAUAUGCAGAAAAUAAAGGAACAGUAAAGUAAUUAUUUCAAUGUGCAAAUAAAUGUCUUUAAAAAAAAUAGAGUCCUUUACCAGAGUUACUUUACUAGGUAAGACAGUCCAAAUGAGAACCAGUGUAGCAAGGGUUAAUCCAAUGCAAGGUCAAAUAUGAAAAAGUCAUUUUAACUCCUUAAGGACACAUGAUAUGUGUGACAUGUCAUGAUUCUCUUUUAUUCCAGAAGUUUGGUCCUUAAGGGGUUAAAGGGGAAUCAGCAGGAAACAGGAACACAGCAAGGGUUUUCCAUAAACAAAGGUAGGCAAUAUAUCUUAUAAGAUGGCUCUUUACUCCUACUUGCAAUUGACAUAGGGCCAUGCUAUCUUAAUGGUGUCUAUGAUACAGUGCAAAUCAAUGAGUAAUUCUCCUGUCAUCCAUACGGUGAAUCAUUUGUUUGUCUGUAUGUAUUAUUUAUGUAGCACUUAUAUAUCUACUUAGCACUUUAGAAUAUAUAUUGUGGUAGGGAGUGAACAUUAAGGGUAACAGACAUUACUAAAGGGAUGCUAUUCAUUAAAAUACAAGGAUGGGAUGUCACGGACCAUUAGAAUACUCCAAGCACCAUAACCAUUAAGUCUUAUGUAGUUGUUACCGUGCCAGGAGUGACGGGCUUCCCCUCCCAUAUAAAUAGUCAAGUUGUUUGCUCAUUAAUUUAAUCAAAUCCAAACUGACCGAAUCUGUGCAUAAAAUGUCCAUUGUUAGCAUGAACUGUGUGCUAGUGAUGGACAUAAUGAGCUUCUUCAUGUGCAGGCAGCACUGUGAGCGUGCCUGCAAGGACAAGCCUGUAUGACUAUGUGCGUGCGUGGACUCAAGCACACACAUUCCUGUUCAUCAUUGGCUCAUUGUAAAAUUGACGGCUUCUUCUGGAAUGCCAGCCCUCCUAGUCCCCCUCGCCUACCUAUGUUUUAUAGGACUAUCCUUUAUUUCUUCCAGUGCCUUUGUUCACUCCCCUAUACUGCCCUCUAUGCUGUCCUCCUUCUUCCUUGGCAUCUCCAGAACUGGGAGGUAGGCAGGCGUUAGCGGCAAGAUGAGCUGUCAUUUAGUUAAUUUUGUAAACUAAAAAUAUGUGAAAAGGGUGCUAAAAUAUAACCAAAGCAUAAAAGAAUAAAAGGUAAACAUGACAUGUCACACAUGUCAUGUGUCCUUAAGGGGUUAAAGGCAGGGCACUUAACGAAAACAAAAAAUGCUACUCUUUUCAAACAAACCAAAACAAAUAUAUCAAUAAAAUCUAUAUUUCGAUCACCAACUGAUUAAUGUGCUACCAUAAAAUCAUGUGUAAAAUGUUGUAGUAUAGUAACGAUUACUCACUAAGAAAGUUGGUUUGAAAAGAGAAGUAUUUGGGGGUUUUCAUUUAGCUCAUCUCGUAAAUCAUGAACGCACACACUGUGUGCAUGCGCAGUGUCAACUUUACUACUGACACUGAUUGGCAUGUCAUGGUGCUCAACACAUAUGCGCCUAAGGUCCAUCAAUACUUCUUUAUGAGAAGCAUUUGAUUGGACAACAGACAGGGACUGGGUGACGUGGUGUGAUGUCAAAGUAGGUGGAGACUGGUUCGGAAACAGAUUCUAAGUAAGUUUUAAAAAAAAAUUAGUUUACAGGUAUGCGCACAAUAACGUAGGGGGGGAGGGAGGGGUGUUAAUAAGUAACCACUAUAGGUUAAAAUAUAACCCUUUAAGCCAAAUUGUCUUUAUUAUCAGUUGAAAAUACCACAACCAUCACAGGAGAGCUGGAAGUUCAUAAGCAGGAACCUCUGUUAUCUCCUCUGAGCAAAGCUGGCUGAGAGUGUUCAUCUGAUAAUGCCUCCUUACAAUCUUACAAUGUCGGGGCAGCAAGCUGUAGUGCUUAUAGUGCUUGGAGUGUUCCUUUAAAGCCAUACCAAGCCUGGAUGAUAUUGUACCUAAUACCUGAAUGAAUAUUUCCUGCACACUAAAAUUCCAUGCAGCCAGAUGUUUCCAACUGAAUUAAUCAUCACAUCAUUACAUUCUGUUUUUAAAAGUAUUGGAAACACGGCUCUGAUUGAUAAUCAAUACUGCUAUGCACUCUGUAUAUUGAUGUGAUUCCUAAUCUUUUGCAAUGAGUGAAUAAUGUACAAAACAUCAGUCAUUUAUAGAUGUGUUAUAAAAAAUAUUUCCAGAGAACUUCUUUCAUGGACUCUAAUUUGAUCUUACAGUCAGAACACAUAUAUUAUUCAUUGACCCAUUUUCCAGAACAGUGCAUAACAGCAUAUUUGGAUUUUUGAUUUCUCUCUCCAGAAAACUCAGUAAUGUUGUCCUGUACAGAUACUCUUCUCAGCGAAGGAUCGCACUCUUCUAAAAUGGUAUACGUCUCUUUCGUGUGUAUAUUACAAAAGAAUGAGGACAACGUCACACAUGAUCAGCUGGAAUCUUUCAUGAGUGAUAAACAGACAAUAUCUGCCACCAUUGUCAGAAAGUGUGUCAACAUGUCACAUAUUCACUCUAAGCAGUUUCAUUCUGCUCCAGAACAAAGUGUGCACGAGGAAAGGAAGGCCCAAGGUAGGCACAGAGACAUUAAAACAAGGUGUCAUCUGUUAUUGGUGUAAGAUUUGGAAAUGUAGUUACUUUUUCUUUUAAGAGAUAACAUUGCUCCAGAGCUGGAUAAUGGCUUUUCCUUAGUCCAAUAAAUAAAUGUUACAGUUGUUCUCAAACGUUUGCAUACCCUUGGAGAAUUGGUAAUAAAUGUACCAUUUUAACCCCUUAAGGACCAAACUUCUAGAAUAAAAGGGAAUCAUGACAUGUCACACAGGGGUUAAAGAAAACAUGAGUGUGCAGGCAAAACACAUUUCUUUUAUUUCAGCCCGUUCUCCAUGUAGUCAGAAGGCAUGAUCAUGUGUGGACUUAUUUAGUAAGGAUGAUGCUCAGCGGGUUGUUUUCGUCUGCAGACAUGCGAGGUUGUGAUAUCCAGUGCAGAUCGCAGUGCCGCCAUUUUAGUGGCCUGGCUCGUGGUGCGCGUCUCCAGGUAGGUCCGAUGUUGGGCUUUGUAGGGCGGUGAUUCCCUCCGGUGGAGACCGGGAUAACCCACCCGGUCCAUGGGGGGGGGGGGGGGGGGGGCCUGGGGGGGGCAUCACAAGGCUAUUGCAUGACGGCUAGGUUUGCAAACAGGACGGCGGCCGUCCGUCCUGCUCUCCACCCUCAUAGGCCGCAGACCCCGACUUAAGGCUAUUGCGUGACGGCCAGGUUCACAAACAGUGUUUUCAGUUGUCGGUAAGGGAAUGUUAAUGAUUGUGGCAGGGAGUAUGCUUCCUGUAGCUCUGGGAACAGUUUUAGUCCAUUCUAUGUAUAUAGCUGGUGUAUGUGUGUUAGGCCGUGGUGCUGCCAUUUACAGUGAUUGAAAGUAUCAUUGUAUACCUGUUACGAUCGUAUCGGUGUUGCUAGGGACCAUGGUUGUGUGGUGGUGGAUAAGUUAUGGUUACAUUCAGUUGUUAGUACGAUCGUUUGCUGUAUGCCAUUAGUUCACGUGUGAGGUUCGGGAGAAAGAUCAUAGGUUGUGUGAGUGUUAGUAAGAUAUCAUCAGCAAAUAAGUUCAAUUUGUAAUCCUUGACCUUUAUGGAUACUCCAUGUAUGUCUCGGUUCUGUCAAAUUGCUUCUGCCAGUGAUUCUAGGGCCAGCACAUACAGGAAAGGUGAAAAGGGGCAACCCUGGUGGAUUCAGUUUGUGAUAUGUAAGGGCCGGAGCUAUAUCCCGAGUUCAGGACCUUUGCCGUUGGGGCACUAUAUAGGGCUUCAACUGAGAAGAUGAAAUUAGGGGGGAAAGCUAAACCUAUCGAGGACUGCCCGCAGGAAUUGCCAAUUGAAUCUAUCAAAUGCUGUUUCAGCGUUUAGGGAGAGUAAUGUAUUCACUGGUUUGGAUUGGUGGAGUAUGUGGUAUAUGUCUAAGACCUUGCGCGUAUUGUCCGGGCCUUGUCUACCCGCCACGAACCCCAUCUGAUCUGUGUCGAUGAGUGCAGGGAGGAUGGACUUCAGUUCAUCUGCGUAGAUUUUUGCAUAAAGUUUUGCGUCUGAGUUUAAUAGUGAGAUUGGGUGGAAAUUUUGGCAUAAUAUGGUGGGUUUCCCUGGUUUUGGGAGUGUUAUGACUUGUGCAGAGAGGAAUUCUGUGGGGAAGUAACCCGCCAGGGUUGCCCCAUUGAAGGUCUUCGUUAAGUGAGGGGCAAUUGUGUAUUUAAACGUGGAGUAGUAUAGGUUUGUCAGACCGUCCAGUCCAGGGGCCGUCCCUUUGGGCUUGGCAUUUAUAUGUGGAAUGAGUUCAUCCUCUGUGAUAGGGCUGAUCAAUUGUGUCAAUUGUUGUUCAGUAAAGGUGGGUAGGUGUAUGUUCGGCAGGUAUGCAGCAAUAGAGGUCUGUGUAGGUUGAGUGAUGUCUGUGUUAUCUUUGAGAUUGUACAGUGUGCAGUAAUACCUCGCAAACUCAUCACAUUUGUUUUGGUUCGUAUAUUUUUUUGUCCUGUUUUGGUGAGAAGGUAAGGGACACUGGUCUGUGCCUGUCUGUCUCUGAAUCUCUGCGCUAGUGUUUUGGUGGCUUUAUUUUCCAUCACAAAGGAGGUAGCUUUUAGUUUCUUAAGUGCAUAGCUAGCUUUCUGGAAUUUGAUGUUAUUAAUUAGUGUUUGCGUUUUGAUUUUUACUCUUGUCAGUAGGGGAGAGUUGAUUUGCUCUGUGUAGGUCUUGCAGUUUUGCGAGGUUUUGUAUUGUGUGAGUUGUGUGGUGUGUUUUUUUUAAGGUAUGAGGCUCUACUGAUAAAUAUACCCCUAAUUACUGGUUUGUGGGUCAUCCACAGGGUGAUCGGACUUGUGUUCAUCGUAUCAUUUGUGAUAAAGUAUUGUGAGAGUUCUGAAUGUAUGGUGCUGACACAUUUGGGAUCCUGCAGGAGGCUCUCAUUUAGUCGAGAUGGGCUGCGGUUCCUGUAUUGGUCAGUCAUGGAAAGCGUGAUCGGGCUGUGGUCUGACCACUUUAAUGUGCCUAUUUCGCAGGACAAAAGUUGGUUUAGAUGUGCACUAUGCAUGAGGAUACCAUUGAUCCUGGAGUAAGUGUUGUGUACUGGAGAGUAGUGGGUGUAUUCACGUUUGUUUGGAUAAAAUAUGCGCCAUAUGUCCUAAAGACCAUAUUUCGUAUGUGUCUUGUUUAUUGAGUUGCAGUGUUUGUAUAUCAACUUUGAUCUCACGGAGGUGAAGGUAGCUGUGGAGUUUGUGGUCGGGUCUAGAAUGUGGUUGAAAUCCCUGCAUAUGAUCGUGGGCCCUGUUUGAUGGUGGGUGAUAUGGUGUAGAAGCUUGCGGAGGAAAAUUGGUUGGUUAAUGUUUGGCGUUUAUGCAUUAACUAUGGUGUAUGUUGAGCUAUUGUGCACACAAGGAUUAUAUGCCUGCCCUGGGGGUCCAGUUUGAGGGCUAUUUUGUCGCUGCCUGCUUAUGAGGAUGGAUACACCUCUACUUUUCCUGGGUGAUGUGGCAUGGAAUUGAUUCGGGUAUACCUUGCGCCCAAUAAUUGGCGAGGAGUUGGUUUUGAAGUGUGUUUCUUAAAGACAUAUAAUGUCUGCUUUGGAUUGCGCCAGUUCUGUUAGGAGGGUAGAACGUUUUUGGGAGGAGUUGAGUCCCCUAACAUUAUGUGUGUAUAUUUUCAUAAUGUGUGCCUGGGGUCAUUGUGUUGCUUAUGAUAGAUGUUUGUCUCUUCUCUGGGACUGCCGAGCCUAGAGCCCGUGGGAUGUGUACGAGGUGUGGAGUCUUCGUUGUGGCGGUGUUAUAUGGGACACUAAGUAUGUUGCGCUGGCUUUUUUGGGGCCUGACUAUCUUUACCUUUUGGAAUGGGGGUUGAGCGGUAGUCUUAAGGAGAGUGUGCUCUCUAGGUCUCUGGUGUGCACUGGAAAGGUCAUGGUGGUACCUGCUACAAUGCGGAACAACUGUAAAGCAUAACAAUUUAAACAGAAACCAUAUAUAAAAUCAAUGUUAAAGUACAUUUUGGAUACAUUUAGAUCCAAGGUGCCUGGUGAGUUUAUCCAGAACACAUUCUGGGUGGGAGAGUAGUGGGCGAACCGAGUCUGGGUCUAGUCGGGAUGGUCUGCCUCUGGAUGGGCUCCUGUCAGUGGAAGCUCUGCGGUAGGUUGUUUUGGCUGGUACCUAUUACCCCUAGGCGAAUAACAGUCGUGUGCUCUUGGCUUGGUUGCUCUUAGUCACUCGGACCGGGUUGUUGUUGGAGGAGGGGUGGUAUCUCAUACUCGGUGGGUACGGAGUGUAGGGACCGGUCUGCUGGCACCUGCCUAGAGAGGCACCCGUUGUCACAGGGGUCUGUGGUAAGUGGGGAGUGGGCGAGGUCUACCAGGGAGGAGCGGGGACCAUCUCUAGGGGAUUAUUCAGUUUUCCAAUAUCGCAUAAGCGGUGACCUCCACAAGCGGUGACCUCCCCCCUAUGGACCUAGCAUGCAGUCUCUCGGUCGCAUGUCCCAUCAAGUACCCUGUGGAGCCGUCUGGGGACACAUAUAUGUAACAACCUUGGUAUACUUUUUAGUUGCAGGCACGGUUGCAAUAACAAUGAAUUAGCAUAAUAACACAAUUACAUUCGCAAUAGGUCCCUUUGUCUCUUCCCUUUGUUGUAAUACCCAAACGCCCAUGAGGUAUAUCAGCUAUCUCUGAGCCACCUUCUUCUCCCCCUGACUCAGGUGUGAUGGAGGUUUGCCUCCCCCUGUCAAAGAAAGGACAAAGGUAGAGCGUUUCCCCUUCUCGGGUGCUGCUCAAGGGGUAAUGUAUGUGAGAUGUUGGUUCUCAUGCCCCAACAGGAGGUUAUGAGCCCAGAGGUUAGGGCUGAGGGGAAGUAAGGCUAUCGGAAGCCCUUAUGUCAAAGUGGUGUAUAGUCCAGAGAUAUGUGUGGAUGUUCAGUGACUUUAUGAGGUGAUGUAGUAUGUGCAGGAGGGCAUCACUCAUCUCUCGGGGAAGGUCUUCUCUUUCUCGGGGUCUUCCACUCUGUCCUCAGCCAAGGGCUUCGUGUCGGACUGCCAGCGAUCGGUUUCGGAGGCAGGCCCCAUGUGGGUAGCAUAUCAGACCCUUCAGUGUUAGAUAGGAUCGGGAUCAGUUUGCCACCUUUAGAGAUCAACAGCUUUGCCGGGUAACCCCAGUGGUAGGGGAUUAUGUGUUGUCGGAGCCUUUCAGUUGUUGCUUGGAACAUACGCCUUCUUCUGAGUGUUUCGGCUCAUAAGUCCACAAAUAUUUGUAUCGUUUUGAACUUUGCAGCUAUGUUUGCACUUUCUUUGUGUGAGAGGAGAAUCAGUUCUUUCACACUUCAAGUGUACUCUGGACAAGACAUCUCAAGGACGUUGAAGGAGGUAAGUGCUUAGGUUUGGCUGUGCGGUGUAUGCGGCCCAGUAGAAACAGGUCUGCCAGUAUGUCAGGGACCAUGAAGUGGAAGAAUUCUAUGGCAUAUGGUUGCAUGUCAGCGAAGCCUAUUUCUUCCAGCAUCCCCCUCAUACGGAGGUUGUUUCUGCGGGAACGGUCCUCCAUGUCCAUUAUUUUUCACUAACAUUCUAGGAAUCUGUCUUCUAGACCCUCCAUGUUCCUGCCAUGGUGUUGUGAGAUGCGGCAACUUCCUCUAGUUGUGAGGUGUGAUUCCCCAGAUCAGUAAGCUCCUUUUUCAGGUCUGCUAUGGCUGAGUAUAUUGUUGCUUGCAUUUUGUUUGCCAGUGUGUCCAGUAUUUCUUGCAGCAUUCCUGUAGUGAUUAGCUGUGCCGCGCUGAUUUGUUGGCUGCCUGUGGGGUCUCCAUCCACAACUAAGUCGGCGUCAUCCUGGGCCUGUAAUGCCACCAGCCUUGCUUGCAAUGAGCGGGCUGCAAAGAAGGUCGCCUGCUCUUUUACCUCCGCCGAUUUCUUGUUGCGGUGCUGAGCCAUUGUGCUGCAGGUAAUUGGGGCAGUUUGUGCUUCUUUUUUGUUGCUUGUAAGCCGCUUUUGGGAGCCCUCCACGGCAGAGCUCUUUCAGAGUGCGACCCUGCAGCUCGGGUUCCGGCCACGCCUCCCUCCUCCCCCCAAAUUUUCCACUUCUUAAUAAGUGACUGAAGAGCUGUUUUGUUUUUUUUGUUCGUUUUUUCAUUUUUUUUUUGUGGUGAAAGGGAAAAAGUACAGGACGGUUGAGACAUACAUGGUUCACUGUAGAAAUCAGUAGCAUAUGUCAUAUGAGAUAUUACACCCUUUUUUUUUUUUUAAAUUAGAGUAAUCCGGUAUUAGCAAAUGAAACAAUAUGACAUAGAGGAGGGAAACAGUGGGAAUUAAGUAAUGCUAGAUUGAACGUGCCAUAAUGAUAAAAAAAACUUGGGCCCAGUUAUUAUUAACUGCUGGCUUCAGUACGUUAACUCAUGGGGAAAGACCUUAAUCCCUAGGAGAUCAUCCCAUCCCCGCCACCGGCAGGACACAGUCCCGACUUGCAGGUAUUUGCCUGUGAGUAGUCCACCAUCAGAGCCUUGUCUGCCAAGCUUGCUCCAGUACCAGAGAGUCACUUAUUGAGUGCUGCGUCAAGCGGUGGAGCGGGAGCCAAGGUGGAGAAGCCAGGUAAGCUUUGUAGAGCUUUGUAGAGAGGGGUUGGUCGAUGCCUUGGGCCGUCCGCCAGAAACCAAAUGUUGCUCAGCUGUAUAGAUCUCCCACAUUCAUUGUUCUGGGCCUCUGUGUUCAUUGUUAGCGCCCUGGGUUGUGCGUCGUGAGCCUUUUGUUACUCAGCUAGUUUUGACCUGCAUUGAUCGCCCAGGGUGUCAAGAGCCCAUAGGGGGGCAAAUUUCCUCCUGAAGUGUGGAAUGCUUUUAGCCGCCAUCUUGUUUGAUGUGUACCUGCCAUGUAUAUUAGUGGAUAUUCUGGCUCCUUUUAUAAUAUAUAAAUAAAUAAAAAUAAAAAAAAAGUUCAAGAGGACACACUGGAGGCACUGUAACUGCAUCAUUUCAUUGAAGUGGUUAUAGUGUGUUAAGUCCUCUGGCACUGUUCUUCCAUUCAGCAUUAAACCAUUUUUAAUGUUUUAAUGCUAAAGAAAUGUAUUCAGCAGCCGAUAUCCUCUGUGCGGAUUGGUGUAAUGAGGCAUUAGCCUGAGCAGCAUUGGGCAGCUGUUAUCACAACACCCAUUGCUGCUAUCAUUAUUAUUGGCAUUUAAGCAGCACCAACUUAUUCCGAAGUACUAUACAAUUUUUUAAAGGGGGAAAUUUAACAAUAGAUCAUUAUCGGAUGAUGAGUACUCCGUUCGAAAGAGCUUACAGUCUAUAGAAGGUGUGGUAUAAAAACACAAUAGGAAGGGCAGCAACCAAGCGGCAGGGUGGGAAAGUAGUAGGAUUGGAGGUGAAAAGGGAGUGUCAACCCUCUAUGAGAGAGUGAGCAUUAGAUUUGUGAAAUAGCAGUUACCUUGGAAGGCCAUUGAGUAUUUUGAAGAUAUGGAUUUAGAUGGGCUUCCUCAAUGAUUGAAGACUUGGGGAGAGUCUGUGGUGUAGGCAGGCUGUUCUAACGGAGUCAGGCUGUCCACAAGAAGUCCUGUAAGUGCAAAUUAGCAGUAAGGGUGUGAGCAGCGGAUAGGAGAAGGUCACCGGCAGAGAGGAGAGACUGAGAAGGGGCAUACCUAUGAAUUAGUGACAACAUGCAGGGUUAAUAUUUUGAAUUCCAUGCUAGAGGACACAGGAAGACAAUGUAAGGAUUGGCAAGGGGGCGAAUGGAGUGACGGAGAGAAAAAUCAGCCUUGCAGACCAGACCAGCCACCCCCCAUGCUGCAGCCGCCCGAGCGCUCUGUAGAGAGCCUCAGGCGGCUGCAGCUUUGCCCGGGUGGUGCGUCCAUGAGUAGUAGCGUGGCCGAGCCCAGUAUAGUCGGCGGGUACAGAGGGCAGCUGUCUCCUGUACCCGGCCGGACUAACAGGAAGUGCAAACAAAAGCUACCUGUACCCGCCGACUAUACUGGGCUCGGCCACGCUACUACAGAGGUAGGGGGGAGGGGGGAGAGAAAGAGAAGGAGGGGGGGAGAAAGGAGGGGAGGAGAAAGUUGAGGGGCAGGAAAGGAGGGGCGGUGAGAAAGAGAGAGAAAGGGGUGAGAAAAGGAGAAAGGGGUGAGAGCGAAGGAGGGGGGGUGAGAAGGUAAGUGAGAAAGAGGUGAAAGGGGCAGAAAGAGAAAUGAGGGGGGUGAGGCAAGCGAGGGGGGUGAGAAAGAGAAAGGGGGAGAGAAAGAGGGGUGAGAAAGAGAAAGGGGGGGUGAGAGGAGAAAUGAGGGGGGUGAGAGAGAAAGGAGGGGGUGUAUAUUAAUUAUGGGGGGUGUAUUAAUUAUGGGGUGUAUUAAUUAUGGGGUGUAUUAAUUAUGGGGGGUUGUAUUAAUAAUGGGGUUGUAUUAAUAAUGGGGGUGUAUCAAUUAUGGGGGUGGUGUAUAUUAUGGGGGUGGAUUAAUUAUGGGGGUGGAUUAAUUAUUGGGGAUGUAUUAAUUAUGGGGGGUGGAUUAAUUAUAGGGGUGGAUUAAUUAGGGCGGAGUGGAUUAAUUAUGGGGGGUGGAUUAAUUAUGGGGGGGUGUAUUAAUUAGUGUGGAUUAAUUAUGGGGGAGUGGAUUAAUUAUGGGGGUGUAUUAAUUAAGGGGGGUGGAUUAAUUAUAGGGGGUGAAUUAAUUAUGGGGUGUAUUAAUUAUAGGGGUGGAUUAAUUGCGGGGGGGGGUGGAUUAAUUAAGGAGUGGGAUUAAUUAUGGGGGGUAUAUUAAUUAUGGGGGUGUAUUAAUAAAGGGGGGUGGAUUAAUUAUGGGGGGUGGAUUAAUUAAGGGGGGAAUUAAUUAUGGGUAGUGGAUUAAGGGGGGUGUAUUAAUUAUGGGGGUGUAUUAAUUAAGUGGGGUGUAUUAAUUAAGGGGGGAUGGAUUAGUUAUGGGGGGUGGAUUCAUUAGUGUGGAUUAAUUAUGGGGGGUGGAUUAAUUAAGGGGGUGGAUUAAUUAAGGGUGCAUGUAUCAAUUAAGGGGAGUGGAUUAAUUAAGGAUGUGUGGAUGAAUUAGUGUGGAUUAAUUAAGGGGUAUGGAUUAAUUAAGGGGUAUGGUUUAUUUAAGGAGUGUGGAUUAAUUAAAGAAAACCUUUAACAUUUUUUACAGGUUUUUUUUUUUUUUUUUUUGGGGGGUGCAAAGCAUAGGAUCCGCCAAGGGUGCCAAAUGCUCUAGGUACGCCCCUGACUGGCAGGAUUUGGCUACAGACUGGAUGUGAGGUGUAAAGGUGAAGCCAGAAUCAAAUAUAACACUAAGGCAGCGAACACACAAUGAUGGGCUGGUGUGUGUACCAUCAACUUGUAGGGAGAGUGAAAGAAGAGGUAUGGCUUUAGGGAAGUGUGUAAUCUCUGCCUUAUGCAUACCUCCAGUAGGAGCCAGGAACCCUUACCCUAUAUAGUGUAACAUUGCUUGAAACGGGUUUAACACUGAAUGGAAGAACAGGGCCAAGAGACUCCAGCUAUUACACCCGAUACCUUAAGAUGAAGAUGGGAUGGUCCCUACAAUCUUUUAAGCAUGCUAACACAACCCGUUUUCAAUAUUUAUUUGUAAAGCUGACACAUAUUACUCAGUGCUGUACAAUUCAAAAAAGGUAAAACAAACCCCCCCAAAAAAUAUACAAACUCAAAAUAGCAAUUUAACGUUUGUCCUGCUCACGUCCGUCUACAACAUUGAAACAAUAAAAAAAAAAAUACUCCAACCAAUCACAUGUAUUUAUUUGUUACUCAGAUGACAUAAAUCGCUCAAUGGAAAUGAAAGGAAAAUAUAUAAUUUCUUCCUACGAGAAGUUUCACCUUAUUUUAGUGAGUUCUGAAGAAGAUACCCAUCCUUCAGCAUCAUCCAUCGAAAUCUACAUUGCAAAUGUUAGUGAACACAAUCCAACAACAGAUGCAAUAUCGUCUUAUCUACCCGAUGAGCUAAGGAGCUACGACAUGAUUAAUAUAUCACUACAGCUUUAUAGUAACACUCCAUGUAAGUUAUACAAAAUGCAUUAAGGAAAUGUUUAUCCUGUUUACGAAUCAUAAAAUUAAACGGCAUCCCUGUAACGAUUCGAUACUCAUUUAUUUAUCUUUGUAGCUCAUGUUGAUAAUAAGAUACGUAGGAUAUAACUGCAGUAAAAAGCACAAAAAAACUAUGACAAUCUACGUCAGUUUGUGUAGAAAUAUACAUUUCUAAAGUAAGCUGGGGCAGUGCCAGUUGGGAAAUAAUAGACCGCAAACCAUUAGGAAAGUUCUAAACAGAGAAACGCAAUAGAUUCAGUAUCUUAUUGGGAAUGCCAUGAAUGCCAAAGUGAUAUAUGUGACGGGGUAGGGGGGAGGAGGGGAGGGGUGUCUAGCUACAGUCUACAAGGAGUGACCCAGAAAAUCUUAGAAUAAAAGGAUAGGAUAGAGAUAAAGAACAAAAGAGGAAUAAUGAAAAUGUUUCUGUAUUUGGAAUGAAAUUGCUAUAUUCUCCAAUAAAACCUUAAAGGACCACUAUAGGCACCCAGACCACUUCAGCUUAAUGAAGUGGUCUGGGUGCCAGGUCCAGCUAGGGUUAACCCUUCAGAGAAACUGCUAUGUUUAUAAUAGGGUUAAUCCAGCCUCUAGUGGCUGUGUAAUUGACAGCCGCUAGAGGCGCUUGCGUGCUUCUUACUGUGAUUUUCACAGUGAGAAGAUGCCAGCAUCCAUAGGAAAGCAUUGUGAAUGCUUUCCUAUGAGACUGGCUGAAUGCGCGCGCGGCUCUUGCCGUGCAUGCGCAUUCAGCCAAGGAGGAGGAGAGUUCCCCGACCGGCGCUGGAGAAAGAGGUAAGUUUAACCCCUUCCUCACCCUAGAGCCCGGCGGGAGUGGAACCUUGAGGGUGGGGGCAUCCUCAGGGCACUAUAGUGCCAGGAAAACAAGUAUAUUUUUCUGGCAUUAUAGUGGUCCUUUAAGCAGUAUUUUCCAAACAGUAACUCUUUGUGUGUUCUUUCUAGCCAAUGAUUUUGUCUUUGUUUCUUUCUACAGAUUUCACAAGCACACUUGGGAUCGUCUGGCUGUGUCUGCUGCCACUUAUUUUUAUUUGUGCAUUAUUCAUGUUUAUAUAUAAAAUGUCGACUCAAAACAGAGAUUGGUAAAAGCUGUAUGUUCUAGUGUAUUUAUGAUUUUUUUUUAUUAAAAAAAAUGAUUAUUCAGUUAUAAAUGUCGUACUCUAUCUUUGUUAAAGGGGAGCUGUUAAUUCCCAUGGUUUUUAAUAUUAUGUUUACUUACCUUUUUUUUUUUUUUGCCAAUCAGCAGCGCCCCUGCCCUGCAGCACUCCACGCAUUCUGGCACCAUAACAAAGUUAUUUAGAUAAAGUUAUGGUGCCUAAACUGUCCCUUUAAAAAUGAGAGAACUCUUACCACAUUCUUAAAUGCAAACAUGAUACAAGCUAGUUACCAAGUCAUAAAUUCUCACUGGUGAAUUUAGAACACUGAUGUUGCUCCAAUAGAUAAUGUCUCUUGAUUGGCCAUUUUGACUUUACAUUUGAAAUUCCCCUUGAAUUCUCACUCGGGUUAAUAACCCUCCCUUUAUAUGUCCAUUUCACUAUGGCGGUGCUUCUGCUGACUUAAACAUGCUUCAUAGGAACUUUAUAGAGCUGUCAUAUACUUAUUGUAAAUGCUCUCAAUGAUUUACUGUGCAAGGAACAUAAUCUAUAUUAUUGAUUGUAUUGUAAAUUACAAUUUGCUCUCUCAAAAUAACAUUGUCUUGAAGUAUCUUUAUUGACAUCUUGCAGGAUUUAAAUACCGAUAUGCCUAUACUUGAUUUUCCACCUGAAAGGCUUUUAAAAGGUGUCCUCUGGGAAUAAAGGAGCUGAAUAUUUUUCACAGAUGGGAUACAUAUGUAAUUACAUGCUCUUAAAAUAGUGUUUAUUUUUUUUAUUUUUUUAAAGAGACAAUUUCAUUUUUAUAUUAGUCUGGUUAAAUUUUUACAUUAGAGAUCCUGGAUUUUUCCAAACUUGAUAUUUUUUUUUUUAAAUGAAAUGUUCCAUGCGCACUGUAUAGCCGUUACAAAAUGUAUUUUGGAAUAAUUAUGAUUAUGUAUUAGGUGUGAUUCUGGGCAGCAGUGAAAGUGGAGGAUUCAUCAAGAAAACCAAUUGAUUGUUCCUGCCAAACACUUAAAACUUUGAACAAUAAAUACAGUCUAUAUAUGACCCCAAAGGAUGACCGAAUCAAGCAAUGACAAAAUAAAUAUUAAUUUAUAUGAAUUUUCUACCAAAG